AUGAUGCGCUCGGCGGCGUUGCGGGCCCGCCAGUUUGCCGACACCACCGGACAGCUGCCCGAUCCGCGGGAGCUCUGGCUCAAUGGCGUGCCAGAGACGUCGUCCAAGAAGUUCCUCCGCCACGUCGACAAGUACGGCGCGCCCUACUGGGUCCCCCACAAGCAGCGCGCCCUGGCGAACCCGGACCCGGCCGCCCAGCGCGACUUCUUCGAGGUGUCGGACCUGCUGCUCGACCUCGACGCCGAGGGCGCCAGUAGUGUCCGGCCCUAUGCCGACGAGGAUGAGCUGCGCAUGAGUGCCAAGUGGGCCGUGACGCCCGAGCGCGCGGCUGUCAGGGCCCGGGUGGAGCAGUUCAAGGAGCAGAUCCACGCCUCGCGCCUCGGUGCCCUCAAGUCGCUGCUACGGCCGGCCAGUGCUCGGCUGAUAUCCCCCCACGACAUCUUCUCCGCCGCGCUUUCGGGAGCUCCGGCACCAUCGGGCCCAGAGACGCAUGCCGCCCACGAUGAGAGCGCCAACCUGCCCCCGAGGACGCGGGGAGACCUGGAUACAGUCUGCCUGGACAACGGCAUACCGCCGCACGCCCUCCAAGACGACGAGCAGCUUCUACGCUGGAUGAUGCUGCGGCGCGACGUCCUCCAGGUCUCCCGGCGGGAACACGAGUCGGAGCCCCCCACGCGCGCGCAGCUGUCCAACGCCCUGCGGCACCAGACGUCACUCUCGGGCAUUCGGCGCGUCGUCUUUCAGUCCAUCGCCGCGGGGACCUUCAUCGGCAGCUUCGCCAAGCAGCGCACCAUCCGAUCCGCCAUGACGUCCCGCAUCAGGAGGGCCUGCGACGGCGUCCUGAACCAGACUCUCACGCGGCGCUCCACCGCCCUCGAGACCCUGGCCUUUAUCGGCAACCUGUCGGCGAGGAUCACGCAGCCCGAGCGGUCUGUAGGCACGCCGCUCUGUGGCCUCGCCUUGCACCUAUCCGCCGAGGUGGGCGACAUCGAAGCGAUGUCCCAAUGGCUGCAGCGCGGCUACAGGCACAAGGCGUGGGGUGAGCGUAAAAUGGCGGCCGAUGUGCAGCUCGCCUUGGCCUCGUUUCCUCCUCUGCUGAGCGACGAUUGUGGAACCGGACAGCUUCAGCAGGCGCGGGACCGUCAACACCUCUUUCGAGUCUUGACGGGAGUCGACGCCGAGGGCCAGGUGGCGCCCGAGUCGCUUCGAGACGUGGUGAUGCACUAUCUAAGCGGCGCGUGCGAGGCGAUGCCACGGACAAGGCUCGCAAUGUAUGAAUCCUACGUCAUGCUGCUAGCACAGCUCGGCGCAGCCAGACUGCUGUGGACGGAGUGGCGCGUCUCUGCGCCCCACGCGCGGAAGCUGUAUGACUCAAAGGGCGGCAUCGUCGAGACGGUAGCCGCCAUCUUCCAGAAAGCACUAUGCCAGCUCGCCCACUCCGCCGCCGCGUCGGACCACAGCACGCCACGCCAUCUCACCCUGGAAGAAUGCGCGAGGCUCGACCAUGGCGCCGUCGCUGCGCAAGAAGCGGGCUCGUGGCGAAGCGUGUCGACGCUGGAAACCGGCGUGGACGAGGCCGUGCCGCUCUUCGAACUGCCCCUCGACGGAUGGACGGAGGCGGUGAAGAAGUUGCGGCUACGGACCGUCUCAUCUUCUGGGGCGAGAACAUGA